UGCAGGAUUCAGGAGUGUGCUACGUACAGAGUGCAGGAUUCAGGAGUGUGUUACGUACAGAGUGCAGGAUUCAGGAGUGUGUUACAUACAGAGUGCAGGAUUCAGGAGUGCGUUACAUACAGAGUGCAGGAUUCAGGAGUGCGUUCCAUACAGAGUGCAGGAUUCAGGAGUGUGUUACAUACAGAGUGCAGGAUUCAGGAGUGUGUUACAUACAAGCGUGCAGGAUUCAGGAGUGCGUUCCAUACAGAGUGCAGGAUUCAGGAGUGUGCUAUGUACAGAGUGCAGGAUUCAGGAGUGUGCUACGUACAGAGUGCAGGAUUC